CGUAUGUGGACGGCUGAGCUGUGCCGCUUGUCCAGACCACCUAGGCCGAGGCCGAGGCCACAGCUGACAGUCUCAACAUCAUCACCUGUCAACAACCUUGCCCCCCCCUUUUUUGUCCUAUUUUAUUACCUCGAAACCUUUCAAAGGGUGGUUUUCUUUAAACAUUUUCGCAUUAAUUACUAUCCCUCUUUUUUCCGAUGACGAUCUUAGUGGAGCGGUUCAGACAAGGAGCUCCGCGAUGCGGGCCGGGCUUGAGACGAAUUGAGUCGGCAACAAGUGGAGCCGUUUCGGUGGGAGGCGCUGUGAUGCUUGUCGAUAUCCGGCCGAAAGUUUUGGGCCUCCAAAAGCAAGCAAAAAGAAUCCAAUCAUAAACAAACAAAACCUUCGGAGAAAGCGGCUGAAGCCAUUACCGAAUAUGCCUUGAUUAUUAGAUAUGUAAAGCUUCAACGGUGUAAACCGGUGACUCGGAAAUUUGCGAACGGCAUGUUACUGUGGCGAAAGUUUGAUAGUUGGCAAUAAACUACUAACUGUUAAAAUUAGUGUCAGCAGUGAACUACCUAUAUAAAACCGUAACGUGAGUCGGAUCUGUUAAAUGUAACCAGGCUUCCAGACUCUUGGUAAUGGUUAAUCUUGUCAUCCCGUCUCAGAAACUUGCCCUGUCUCAUGAGACAAGGAAAAAUCUGACCCAGAUUCCCAAAAAUGAACAAAGCCCAAGAGCUCAGAGGAACCCCUGGUCAGAGUCCCCGUGCGCUUGAAUGACGCCCUGUGACACCCAAGUACUGGGCUUCUGUCUUAAGAUUUCCUCGUCCCCCGCGGACUGCGCCACGGAUCACCUACGGAUUUGAGCGACAGGGUGAAGCAAGCGUACUGCAUUUAAUACGCCCGCGAAUGCGGAACAGAACUGCUUGUUGUAUUGUAAAUGCAACAAGGCAAGGUUUAUUGACGGAUGCCUCCGUUGACCUCUGGACCCUUAUAGAUCUCUCAGUUACGAUAUUUUCAGACAUACAGUUCCUCUUAAACGCUGGUGUCCCAAUGACUUUUGAGCUUUAGAACUUUACUCAUUAUCUCGUGGUUAUCCAACAACUACCUACCUCAUAUAUCUCUUCAAUUGUCGCACGUCUUGAUUCAGGCCAAGUCUAUGCUCAUUUAACUCACAACCGUUGAGGAUCUUCCAACUCAAGACAAUCACACGCGAUAUCUAUCGAGCGUCUCGUAAUCCUCUAAACGGGUAAUCUUUCCGACCAACCACCUCCCCCCAUCACCCCCAAAACGCCAACCUCACACUCAAAACUCAGCACACCAACUCACUCAAUCGUCGUUCCAGCCACAGACAAAUCACCCCGUCAGUUCCACCCGCUGAACCCCCCUGUCAACGCCCUCUACUCCAAUUGGAACCGCCAGCGACCUCCCUCUUUCAGCACAUCCUGCUCUAUCCACCUCUACUAGCUUCAGCGCAGAGCAGUAGUAGCCAGGGCCUCUCCAGGAUUUCUCCAGUCCGCGCCGUGUCUUUUUAGCCUCUAGCCCUCAAAGUGGUCUAAGUUUUGCAACUAUAGGUACCGGCUCACAGUGCCCCUCACGGCUUGAGCUCCACCCACUACAUUGGCACAACCAAUCACCAUAUGUCGCUGGUCCCCGGCCCGGUUUCGCUGGCCCCGUCCCCAUUCCUUUGGGCCCCUUCCUUCUCUUUUUAUCCUUUACGCGGCCACUUUCGCACCUGCCGUUGGAUCUGUCUCUUCUCUUGCCUUGCCUUGCCUGUUCUGCCACUCCACCUUCGCCCUCCUGGUUAUUCUCAUCUCACCAACUACUCGCUUAAGUCGAGUAACUAGGUUCUCCUACUUCCGUGAAGAAAGGGAGAUUCAUAUCAAAGACAUCGCUUUUUCUGCAUUCAGAAGGCGAUUGCUGAAGGUUGGCAAUUAUUAACUUUAAUUGCCUUCACCCGUGCAUUAUUUGCCGCCUCUGCGAGCGUUUGUCCUUUGAACAGUCCAUGGUACCCGCACGGAAGCCCGCGAGUUAAUUCGAGCCAGCCUCACACUGCUCAGCAUUUGUUCUGGAAACUGCCCGGAAGCAAACAUGGUCGCCGUUCAUCAAAUUCUGACCGAGGUCACUCAUGUCGUCAUUCGCGCUGCCGCCGCGGAAGAUCCCUCAUCGACGACCUCUCAAGCAGCUGCUGAGACGACAGACAGCGGAAAUGAGAAGAAAGACAACGGAGGCGGGUCGAAUUCCCCUCUUCUCUUCUUUGUUGCUCUAGGUUUCGGUGUUGUCUUCACAAACUUAUGGAUCAUCGUUGGUGUUAAAUACUGCUUUCGUUACAACGCUCGAAAUCGACAAAUGCGAAUGAAUGAAGAUGGCGAACCUAUCACACUUGAAAACAUGCCCCGACCUCAUCGCAGACGCCGCGAGAAGAAGUUGAUGACUAUGGACGAAGUCAACGAUAAGUUCCCGAUGAUGAAGUACAAAACAUGGGUUUCCGAUCGCGCAAAGGAGGGCCUUCCAACAACUGGAGGCGUUUCUGCACCUCCUACUCGACCUAACAGUAUUCGAGAGGCGGAUGGGAUUGUGCCAGACUUUUCAGCAAAGGUACGCGAUUCGACCGACGAGCAACUGGCAACCACCGUACCAAAGACGAAAGGGCAGGGAGAGACAACGGGAGCAAGCAAUGCCCCCGAAGUAUCGGCACCCGAAAUUACCGCCACAGCUGUUGUACCCGAGACCGAGAAGCCAAAAGAUAUAGCCAAGACAACUGAAGGCCAAACCUCAACCGAACAGACAGCAAACAAUAACCGACUUCAGCGAAUCUCUAGUGAGGAGACCGAUGACGAGGAUGACCACAUUGAUGGCGCUCUGCCACCCGAGUGCCUCGAGAACCCUGGUGAUACAUGUGCUAUUUGCAUUGACACACUGGAAGACGAUGACGACGUUCGCGGAUUGACUUGCGGCCAUGCUUUCCAUGCCGUCUGUGUUGACCCUUGGCUGACAAGUCGACGAGCUUGCUGCCCGCUUUGCAAGGCCGACUAUUAUGUUCCUAAGCCUCGACCGGCUCCUGAUGCUGCCAACGAAGCUGGUGUCAACAACGGUUCAAGCUUUGAUCCUCGGAAUAACCCACGCUUUGGUCUCCCUGCCGCGAUCCGCUCUGCAUGGAUCAGGGGUCCCCGCAGUGGUCGCAACGAAAAUUCGGCCCCCGCCAGUCGACGACGUCGAACGGGAGACGCUGCAGCUGAGCAGGAACCUGUCCAACAGCCGGAACAGGCUCACCAAGCACCAGAAGUUACCCAAACAUCAAAUGGUGGUGUCUUGUCGUCUGUUCGAGGUGCUCUGCGUUUCGGCCGAAGGCGACAAGCACAAGAUAUCCAGAAUGGUUCUGAGACUGUAACACCAUCACAACUUGAAGCGGCAAACCGCACACCAGCUUCCACGUAAUGAUGUGAACCUGACCUUUAUUCUUAUAUAAAGUAUGCGACUGUUUUUUUUAGCGAUGGUUUUCUCUCAUUUUCUCCCAGCAUGAGGUACUGGGCACAACCGUCACGAAUCUCGAAAUCAUAAAGGAAUUGACUUUUGACGACACAGCAUUUAUUCUAUACCGCAUGACAUAUAAGUGGGGCGACAGCAGGUUGAUAAGCUGUAUAUCCGGGUGACAGUGACAAAGGACGUAUAGGCUCGGCGAGCCAUAUAUACCCCUGAGGCGGCGUGCGUGGUCGUAUCAUGCUUCGCAGGCCAUGAAGGCAAGGAUGGCGUCGGUAGCGCGAAGGGAGGAAUUGCCAGUACUCUUUGGGGAUUGUCUAUCUGUAAGACAGCUAUUGUAUUUGCAUUGGGCUAGAAAACAUGGCUUUUAGCUGGACGGGAACGGAGCGGCGGAGUUUAUGGGUUCUGGGUCUUUGAUAGUUAGAUGGCGCAAUAGAAUAUUUGUUCCAUCUGCAUACACACUCUGCUCCUGACUACGUACCCAGGGAUGGUGAAUGAUGGAGAUGAAAGCUAAGUCAUAGGUUAUUUGCGUCAUUGAAACAUCGUCUCUGAUGGUUGAAUAUGGCUGGCCGUUUCGCAUUUCGUAAAAAAGCUUUGAUUCAAUUAUCUAGUAUUAAGGUGAUUGCUGUAGAAAACUGGUCGAAGAACUGCGCUUCAGGAGUUUCAUCAACGUAAAGUAUUGAUCUAAUUUCUUGUCUUGGA